GAAGACCAACAUGUCUAUCGCUCGACAACUUCUCCAUGAGUUCCGCCCUCUGUUCCGAAUGCUGGAGGAGCCUUUUGGGAGGUCCGCUGUAGCACCCGUGUACCAUCAGCGCUCCCUUUUUGACGACCCCUUCUUCCCGUCUCCUGCUGCCAUGCGUCCCCCAGUUGACGUCACAGAGGUAGGAGACAAAUACAUCAUAGAAGCCGAUAUUCCUGGUGUUAAAAAAGAGAACGUUGAUAUUACGAUAGGUGACGCUGGCCGUAGCGUCACCAUCCAAGGAAAAACCUCCUCUCGCCAAACCAAUGGCGAACUCUCGGGCGCGGAAGCGACCGGUGAGAGCGCGGCUGACGGCUCCGAAGCUGUGGCAAAGUCCGAGUCAGGUACACAACUUGCUGUGGAGCGCCAAUAUUCGGGCAGCGCGACCUUCACUCGCACAGUCUGGUUGCCUCGUCCCAUCAAUAGUUCCAGAGUGUCUGCCAAGCUCCGGGAUGGCAUCCUUACCAUGACCGUCCCAAAAGCUGAGGAUCAGGAGAGUAUCAGGGUUCCUCUUGAGUAAUUUCACAACCAAUUGAACAUUUGUAUGGCACAAACAUUUGUCUUCACCUCCACAAUGUAACAGUGUCACAGCAGUCAGCUCACUCACAACUGUAUUAUAUGUGUAUUGCAAUCGCAUUUCCAU